GCUAACACCGAGUGCAGUCUGCUGAAUACUCGGGAGUGAGUGAGAGUUAAAGAGGCGAGCCUAAAUCUCUGCGGUGCAGAGCUGGAAAGCUGCUUCUCACAGCGAAAAUCAGACGCCCUGUAUCCUACUGUAUUCUAUCCGCUUCUUUUUCAUUUUCCUGGCGAAAACAAGGACUAACUGCCGAGAGUUGAUAAGAGGACUGGAACCCGCGUCAACGUUGCAUGGUAUUUUUUCGGUAUUUAUGUGUUUGUUUUGUAUUCAUUUCUGCUGAAAGGACUGACGAUUUACUUUUGCACUGAGACUUUCCUUCUACCUCCACUCCUCGUCUGGUGACCAGAUUAGCUAAAGUAGGCUACAUGACGCAAAUUCCGAUGUCGUUUGCAGUGCACUAGUCUGAAAGUUUUUUUUGUUUUUACACUUCGCUUUCCAUUUUUUAUUGCAUUUUUUUAAUGUACCUUUCGUACGUGUUGCAUGCAACAGCACACCAGUCUACAACGGUGGAGUCAAAAAUAACUAUUGCAUGAGACAAGAGAGGACAGAAGAUACGUUUAUUCCCAAGUCCGUUUUUUGCGACGCUGGCAAAGCACCUUCGCUUAUCUGCAGAAGAGUCGCGACAGCAACAUGAGUGCAGAGCUGAGCAUGGGCCCAGAGCUUCCCAACAGCCCUCUGGCUCUGGAAUACGUCAACGAUUUUGACCUGAUGAAGUUCGACGUAAAGAAGGAAGGCCUGGCCGGGCUAGAGCGCGCCGCGGUGCGCCAAUGUAACCGUCUCCAGCCUCAGGGCUCCGUGUCCUCGACUCCCAUCAGUACACCCUGCAGCUCGGUGCCUUCCUCGCCCAGCUUCAGCCCGACAGAACAGAAGAACCAUCUGGAGGAGCUGUACUGGAUGCCGAGCGGCGGUUACCACCAGCAGAUUGACCCACAGACGCUGAGCCUGACCCCAGAGGACGCUGUGGAGGCCUUGAUUGGUGCCACGGCCCACGGGCAUCCCCCGCCCCCACACGUCCAGCAGCAGCUGCAGCAGGGCGGCUUCGAGGGAUACAGGGGGCCGCACCACCACCACAACCACCACGGGCAUGCCCAGCAGCAUCAUCACCCAUACGGGGGAGGCAUCCCACACCACCCGGACGAACUGCCGGGACACCCGGGGGGGCAUAGCCACCCGCACAGCCAACACCAUCAUCACCACAGCCAGGACCCCGACAGCCCGUCCCCCGUCUCCCCUGGCUCUCACCAAACCCUCCACCAUCACCGUCAUCAUCAUCACCAUCCACACGGUCAUCCGGGCCAGGCGUCCCACCACGGCUCCGGGAACGUGGAAGACCGCUUCUCCGACGACCAGCUGGUGUCCAUGUCCGUAAGAGAGCUCAAUCGACACCUGCGAGGCUUCACCAAGGACGAGGUCAUCCGCCUUAAGCAAAAGCGGAGGACCCUGAAGAACCGGGGCUACGCACAGUCCUGCCGAUAUAAGCGUGUGCAGCAGAAGCACGUGCUGGAGAACGAGAAGACGCAACUGAUCAACCAGGUGGAGCAGCUCAAAGCGGAGAUCAACCGGCUGGCGCGCGAGAGGGACGCCUACAAACUCAAGUGCGAGAAACUGACGGGGACUGGGGCGAAUAACGGGUUCCGCGAGGCUGGGUCCACUAGUGACAACCCGUCAUCUCCCGAGUUUUUCAUGUGAGUUGUUAUGGCCUAUAUACUUUCUUGUGACUCUCUCCCCUCCACAACUAAUGCUGACGAACAAACAAUAACAAUAAUCAACGUCCUCCCAUACUGAUUAUGAUAAUACAAAAUCACAGUAACAAUUAUAUCUGUUAGAAUUAUCCAUGACAUAAUAUUCUCGUAUAAUCAUCUCUCCUUCCACGUGACAACUGAGAUACAAAGAACAAGCUAGAAUGUUUGGACAGUCGUAGCAUCUUUGUAGAUUAGUUGCUUGUAGUGAAGAUACUUUUUUUCCUCCUGAGAAUAGGAGCAACUGAUGAACAUUACUCUUUUAGACUACGGCUUUUAAUAACCUGUAAGUAGUCUAAGAUGGGGGUCGAGGCCGUGGUCUGACGGUGGUUUAAGGUUCUUGAUUGUUGUGACAUCAUAUGAAACAGCAAGCAGGUCUAUAUUGUAUACAACACACAUCGCAGACGAGUGUUACGGCACACGUUCGACAAGUGGGCCCGAAAAAUUAUCUGAGAACAAGACUCCACAUUAUGCAAACUUUAGCCUACUGUCUAUGAACCCGCCGAAUGGGGACAUUUUAUGCAACAUCUCAUUGAUUUAUUGCCUGCUUGGUUAUAUUCGAAUAUAUAUUGAAAAACAAAAAUCUGCAUUAAAAUAUUAAUCCUGCAUGCUGGACAUGUACGGUAAUAAUUUCUAUUUUGUACCUUCAUUUUCUGUGUAUCUUAAGAGCAUGUUGUUGAUCUGCGCUUCUCCAUAGGUUGGAGGGUGGGGGUGGGGUGGGGGGGUUAGAGAAAGCAAGGGAACAGUACAGCAGGACUGCCUGUGCAGUAUAAUCUAUACGGUCUGGGUUUCUUUAGGCUUGUAAAUAUUAUGCAACAGCAAACUGCACACCAAGAUUGAGGAGGCUGGUUUGAACUUCUUUCUUUCUUUGAGUUGUGUUUUUUUCUCUCCAUUUUAUGUUUUAUUUUGGGGUAUUGAUAAGAGAAAUGGGCAUUUUUCUGUUGCAUUUAAAGACAACGAACUUUGUGUAUUAAGUGCACUUUUUGGAUAAUGAUUUCUACGUUUUCAUUUUGAACUUUGUGCUGACCUCCCUCCAGGAAGACAUUCUAUAAUAAAACAUUGUCGUGAUUAAUUAAAGGAUAGAAUGCAAGCUUGAUAAUGAUAUAGCAGCUCAGUUUGAACCAGUGUGCAAACCUGGUGUGACAAACUCAUCUCUAAAGUAAUUAAUCGAUAAGUGACGGAAUCCACUGCGCACCAUAUUGACGCACCAUGGCAUGGGUACCUUCGUUCUCGGUUGUCCUCCUCUGGUAGCCGUUUAACAGUAGAAAAGUACAGUCUCACAUGUGGUGCAGGCUACCAUUUUAUUACAAUGUGGCGCUUCUGGCACGGAGUAAGGGGAGGUGCUUUUAACUCUUGCGCAACCCAAACUGUAUUAUAUAAUAAACACACAAAGUCAAGUUUAUCAUUUCGCAAAUACUUGGAUGUGUUAUAUUGAGCACAGCUCUAUUUCGUGGUCUACUAUGUGUUUUGUACCUCGGCAAUAUAAAGCGUUUUCACCCAUUCUCAAUAACAUAUCUAUCAGGGGUUUUAUGUACAAUUAACAAGUAUUUAGAUAACGCAUGCGUUUCAAUACAAAGUUUCAAUAUAUUAAUUCUAUAUGUUUUCCUGAUUUUUUCCUGCCGGUCAGUAAAAAAAGGGAUUCAGGUUGUGCAAAUUCUCAAAAUGAAAACUCUGUGUAUGUUAUAUGAUAUGUUUUGUCUGUUUUAUUAUUAUUUGGUGAUUCUGGUUCUGCUGGCCAGAUGCAUAGUUUAAGUUUUUAUUUUAAUGAUUUAAAUUAACAAACUGUCAGAUCAUAUUGAAUAAGCAUGGUGCUUGCAUUUGAAACUAUUGUUGAAAAGUCAUGCAUUUAACAAUCUUUGGUUUGUUACUGAUUCAACUGUGUUGAAAUCAAAUUGAAACUGCAGCAGCGGGUUGUUGUUUUGUUUGUAUUAAUUACAUGUACUUUGCGAUGAUGGGGAUCAAUUUUCAAUCCUGUUUAUAUAAAUAUGGGUAAAAGAACUUAAAUUUGAACUGUUGUAGUUCCAUUCAGGCUGGUUUCUGUUUCGUCUUAUUUUUUGGUUGUUUUUGGAAGAAAUUGUUUCCUAUUUUGCUUAUUAAAGUCAUUGAAAUGGCAAUAA